AUGCGGUUAUCUUUCGCGCGGCGCCAGGCCGCUCCCAGCUAUGCGACCGCUUCCCUGAUUCCUUUCACCAUCUCUCUUCUUUCCUCUGUCGCUGUGUCCCCGGCAACCGCCAUCACUUUCAACCCCGUUCCAUCCGCAAACCUCGACCUUUCGAGACUCGGCCGGGUAGCUUUCGCUGGCGACUUUACGGGUAUCUCCUUGUACCAAUUCGAGGGACAGAGCGAGCAUCCCUAUCGCACCAAUGGCAGCGAGCAGCUCCUUGCGCGAAUGCCCAAUGGCGUGUUAGCGCCCAUCAUCGACACCGACGCGACAAUACGCGCUAUGUGCACUCUCGACACGAACAACGGCACCGUGGUCGUUCUAGGCGGCAACUUCACCAGUAUCCGACGCUCUGACCAUGACGGCAGGGCUCUCGAGUCGACUGGCAUGGCCUUGUUCGACCCGGCCACCGCCACUGUCACACCACUCCCUGGGUUGACUGGCCAAGUUAACGCCCUCUACUGCGACCAGAAGAGCAAGACUGUGUACGUGGGAGGAACCUUCGUCAACGCUAACUCGACCAAUGCCGUUGCCUGGCAGCCAGGUAAGGGCUGGAUCAAUCUGCCGUUUGCAGGUUUUAACGGCCCUGUGACGUCCAUCACCAAGGCCCCCAAUGGCAACGUUAUUUUUGGGGGUAGCUUCACAGGUCUAGGAAACACGAGCACUCCAAGCACUCCCGACAGCCAAGUCAUCAACCUCGGAUCCGCACAUAUUACUGGCGUUUCCUCGACCACCGUUGGCGGUUUCAGCGACCCGCGCGCCAUCAUCUGCAAGAGAGCCGGCGAGGAUGGCCCCGGCAAUACGUGGCUGUUGCACGAUAACACCCCAGGAGCGUGGCAGGCAAGGUUCCGAUUUGGGUUCCGGCCGACGAAGUUGCGUCUGUACAACGCUCACCAAGACGGCCGAGGCACGAAGACGUGGCGAUUUACGGCGCUCCCUAUCAACGGCAUCAUGAACUUCACCUACAUCGACCCUGAGACCGGCCAGAACGCGAGCUGCACGAACCAAUGCCCAUUGAGCCACAACAAGUCUGUGCUCUUCCAGGACUUCCACUUCGUCAAUGAGAUUGGUAUGAACGAGUUCCGCAUUGACAUCUCGGAGUGGUAUGGCGCUGGCGGUGGUCUGAAUGGCAUCGAGUUAUUCGGCGACGAUAUCUUCGCCUAUGCUAUCAACGACUUUAACGAACCAACUUGUGCCGGUAUCAAGUUCCCUUCGCAAGCCACUGCCACCGGCCCGUGGUAUGUAUCGCCAUCUCGUGAGAGUAACACCGAGUAUCUGUCUGCGCAGCUCAUGGCCCCAAUCACCGAGUCUUCUGCCUCGGUUGUUUUCGAACCGGAUAUCAAGGAGUCGGGUUAUUACGCAGUCAACCUCUACACUCCUGGCUGUCUUCAGGACAACAGCUGCACAACUCGUGGGCAGAUUAGAAUUACUGGUAAAAUGACGGCAGACCCGACAAAGAGCCAGCCGAUCGAGGUUGACCUCUAUCAAACUAACAACUUCGACAAGUACGACCAAAUCUAUCUCGGCUACAUUGACGCCAGCUCAGACAGUUUCCGGCCCGCCGUUACCAUGACCCCUCUGGCUGGCCAGCCCCUAAAUGUUAUGACGUUUGUGGCCCAGCGCGUUGGCUUCACUCUAAUUAAUAGCACUGGUGGCCUUAAUGGGCUAUACGAGUACGAGCCAGGCAAGCGCGUGAAUGCCAAUGAGUUUGUCAAGUCCGCUUUCAACCGCCUAGGGUCCAGCUUCACAUCCGGUUCAGCCGUCAGCGCUCUGGCCGCUUCCAGCGAUGCCACUUAUAUCGCAGGAAAUUUCAGCUCUUCUAGUGCUCGCAAUAUUGUUGCUUUGAGGGCAAGCGAUGCCAGUAUCCAAUCUCUGGAUGGUGGUCUAAACGGCAAGGUCGACUCCAUGUUCCUUGAUGGUACCAGUUUAUUUGUCGGCGGGUCCUUCACCAGCACCAUGGACAAUUCGACUAAGGGACUGAACAACGUCGCUGUCUACGACACCGUCAAGGACACGUGGAGCCCUCUCGGAGCUGGAGUCAACGGCCAUGUACGGCGCGUGGUGGGCAUGACGAUGAAUAUUACUGGCUCAACUCCCGAGGUCGUCGUCAGUGUUAGUGGCGUUUUUAACCAGACCCUUCCGUUCAGCAACAACCCGGCUGUUGAAGUGGAUGGGCUUGCUGUCUGGGUUCCUUCCCAAAACAACUGGUUGCAGAACUUGGACCUGCCUGUCGAGUAUAUCCAGGGCAUUCUGUCAGCUUCAAUCCUCAACUUCACUGGUGGGCCGUCACUUUAUGCGGGCUCGGUCUCGUCGUUUAGCCUGGCUACCAAGGGCGCUGCGAUUUUGCAAGGCGAGACUCUCGGCCGAGUGGCUGUGGACAUCCGCCGGUCUAUGGACUCAAUAAUCUCGAAGAAGCAGGAUGGUGACUCAACGACCGAUGUUAUUAACGGCGUCGUUGCUGGGGUCUUUGAUACCAGAAACGGCAGGAACCUUACCAUCCUUGCAGGCCACUUUACCGCGACAGCAACUAACGGCUCAACGAUUCACAACCUGCUCAUCCUGGAUGGUUCGAAGGAAGACGAGGUUAUUGGUAUUGGCGGCCAAAUCGCAUCCAAUUCUACUUUUGAGGCUCUUGCAAUUCACGGUGAUGUGCUCUUUGCCGGUGGCAGGGUGACAGGCAAUGUGAACGGUGUUGAAGUCAACGGUCUCGUCACUUAUAACCUUGCAACUAGGGCGUUUAACACCCAGCCCCCUGCUCUCACUGGUGGCAAUGGCACCGUCACAUCGAUCGCUGUACGUGACAGCACCGGUGAUGUCUAUGUUGGCGGCACGUUCCAGUUGGCCGGAUCCCUCGAGUGCCCCGGUGUCUGCUUCUACAGCACGUCUGCUUCACAGUGGAACCAAGCUGGCCAGAACCUCGAAGGAUCCGUCAGCUCUCUGAUGUGGGCUACUAACAACAUCCUACUAGCUGGCGGUAACCUUCUUAUCAACGGCACUACCCCGUCCUUCCUCGCCCACUAUGAUGCGACACAGCAAGCUUGGGAUACCUACCCCGGCGCUGAUCAGCUCCCAGGCCCAGUUACAGUUAUUACUGCCGGCACUAGCGACGGCGGCCAGGUCUGGGUCUCGGGUGUCUCAUCGGAUGGCACACCGUAUCUCAUGAAGACCGACGGGUCCGGUACCUGGCAGCGCGCUGGUCAGUCCAUUCUCAUGCCGGGCACAACCAUCCGUGGCCUGCAAAUUCUCUCCCUCGCCAAGUCCCACCCGGAUUCCCCUCUUCUUCAUCGCGAUGAAGCCCUCCUUCUUACCGGCUCCAUCCUUCUUUCCAACUUCACCGGCUCUACUGCUUCGGCCGUUCUCUUUGACGGCACCUCUUUUACCCCUUACGCCCUCACCACCAACGUCGGCAACCAGCCCGGCAGCAUCUCCCGCAUCUUCUCGGAACGCUCCGAUUUCUUCGCCAAGGGCCGUGGCCGCAUGCCACUGGUGUUUGUGGUGCUUAUUUCGCUGGCCAUCUCGCUUGGCCUGGUGCUCCUCAUCGUCGUUGCGGGCUUGGUACUCGACCGUAUCCGCAAGAAGCGCGAGGGCUAUGUCCCUGCGCCCACGAGCAUGUAUGAUCGUGGUAGCGGCAUCCAACGUAUCCCGCCCGCUGAGUUGCUUGAGGGGCUUGGAAGAGGUAAAGCAGCAGCUGCGCCGAAGGUCUAG